GGUCUUUUCUUUGUCUGCACCAAGGCAACCCACCUUAAUCGCUCACCACCACCAUCACUAAGAAAUGGAUUCUCACUCGAGCAGCUCCUCCUCAAUGAACUCCAAUGAUUCCACAGAGCAGUCACAGGAUCCAUACUCUGAAUAUACUCCCGACGAUCCCUACCUUGCUUCUGACCUCCAAGGCCGUAUUUUCAUACCUCCCGACGCGUUCUUGUCGACCAUUCUUCGCCUUCCCGAUGAAUGGCGUACAGACGCCACAGUACGAAGCCAGAUCGACGUGAUUAGCCACGACUUUGUGUUCCAGAUCCUCGCCGACGAGUACCUCAAGGUCGCCAGUGGCACCAGUGAAGGACAACCUGGCCGUUUAUAUGAUGCCAUGCUUGUGCGGGCGUUCGAGAUGACAGCUGAGCCUGAGAAGGAAAGGAUGUCGGUUCGUCCGCAUUUCUUGCAGUUUGCCACUCAUGAUCGGUGGUUGGACGACGCGAAAGACGCUGAAUAUCGCGUUCUGCCAAAAGGUGUUUCCGCGGAAGAAGAUGCUCAGGCCCGCAAGGACGACGCUACCAAGCAAGAUGCCGAGGACGAGGAUGAGGAAGAGGAUGAGGAGGGUAUUGAUGAGGUCGAGCUAUCCAAGAAACGCGAAGACGCCGCCAAACGCUGGGAGAUGUCUAUGCGGUGUGCUCGAAAUGCCGUGGACGGCCUCUCAAUGUUUCGUUCGCACUGUCAUGGGCUGCUUCUAGCGCCAAGGAAGGCCCAGCCACUCUACUACGACCGGUCUGCUAUUCUCGUCUGUGAAGCGUUCGAUAUCGUGGACAAGGACGAUCAAGUCACGGAUAUUUUCAUCGCUAUGCUCCUCGGUCUCUCAGCUAUUCCGCCAGAUAGUGGUGUGCUGCCUAUUCUGAGUAUGAAGUAGAUCGCAGGAUGUGCUCAAGGACGGAACGACUCUGUGGUGAAAGAGCAGAAGCUGAAAGGACAGUAAAAAAAGUGUCGCAUUUGAUUCACUCUUAUGUAGAACCUGAUUAUAUAUUGUACUGAACGAUUGAAUCGCGUAAUAGGGCUAUGAUACGGAGAGUUACUUGAGCCUGCUUGCUGUAUAAACGCGUAACUGUAGAAAGGAGAGGAAGACACGUGCUACGGUGG